UCCCACCUGCUUAUAGUUGUAUGCUGCCUUACAGUUACUUUUACUUGGCACAUAAGUGACACAUUGCAGGUGAUAGAGGGGCAUCAGGGUGAAAUCACAGCUCUUCAGAACUGAUUAACCAUUAAAGCAACGGCGAAUUGCCAAUGCCUCCACAUAAUCUAACUCUAUUUUAACGUUUAGUUCUUAACACUAUACUCUGCAAUUUUAAGAAUUACCAUCGAUCAGUAACUGUAUCUGAUAUGCUGCUACUGUAAUAGCUAUGUACCUCACAAGCUGCACCCAAACCCUAGGGUGUGACUCAAAUUCACAAACGCUCGCGAGAUCUCUUCCUUUUUUAUUUUUUUGGAACCCGAGAAAAAAAAGGUGUAAAUAAGUCUCAAGGAAAACCAAUCAAAGUACAAGGAUGUCUUACGUGGGCCAACCGUCCAGUAAUCCAGAACGGAACCACCAGGCCAGACGUCACAGAGACAGAAGAGGCCGGGAUGAUCAUCAUGAGUACCGGAAUGCAAGAGACCUACACCAGGGAGGACCAGCAGCUUCCAGUGACAGAUCACAGCCACAUCAUUAUCCAAGACAAGUUGCUUCUGAGCCAAGGUAUCCAGGGCCAACAUCUUCAUCAGCCCCAGAUGACUACUCUGAGGCCUCCAGGGAGAGACACACAGCAAAGCCUCAGUCAAAGUGCUCAGUUGUGUGCUCACGGAGAGGUAUAGUUCACAUGGCUGCAACAGGGACAAAUCUAAUGGUGCUAAUCUGUGUGGCAGUCGCCCAGGCAGUAAUGUCUGGGUUCACAUCAGUUGGGGGUCUGGCAACUGGCAGUUUCAGCCUGAAUUCGGCUAUCAACCCUUUCCAGGGCACAGAGCUGCAGGAGGUGCGUGACUUAGACAUGCAGUACAGCCAGAUGCGAGCCCCUGGGGUUUACGGAGGGGUCGCUUUCAGCCUUGUGGUGGGAGUCAUUACCCUUUUUUUUCUGAUCGGUGGCGCCAAGCCCCUUUACCGCAUCCCUAUAAAGCUGCUUGUCUUUGAGUUUUUCUUCGACGUGCUGGGUUGCAUGGGCUACAUUGUAGCGGUUGGCCUUUACCUCCAUUUUGUCAUUCAGGUGAAUGCCACAGAUGUGUGUAAGAAAAGGGAACGGCUGUAUUCACGCCAGGGAUACACCUGGAUGAACUGCUAUGUGCAGGGAAGCGAUGCAGCAGUAGCCCUCUUUGGUAUAAUAACUGCCAUUCUGUACUUUGUGGGAUCGAUACUCUGUGCACUGACAGUCAGGCUUGCCAAGGCUAUCCAGAGGGAUAUGUAUCUGGAACAAAAUCAGCCUGAACCAGAGGGAAGAAGUCACAACAGGAAGCAAAGUGAUCACAUUCAUUGCUGCGAUAUUGACCCUAAUCUGCCAGUUUCUACACUUGUGUAAAUUAUUUUUGUGGACUAGCUGCUGGAAAGCAUUGACUUUAAAAAAAAAAAAAAAAAAUCUAAAACAAAAUCAGAAGAGUAAACUUUAUUGCCAUUGCCUUAUUUUAAAAAUGUUUAAAAAAAAAAAAAAGGUUUAAGGUACAGAUGUUAUUUAAUAUUGUAGUGAAAGCAAAUUUAAUUGUUUUGUUAUUUUAAAUUUAUAAGCAAAUCAUGAUUUCCCAUCCAUUAGUACUUUAAGUGGCUAUUGUGCACUAAAGUAACAUCUGAAUAUAUGAGUUGCCCCCACAGACCAGGGAGAUUCAACAGGAACGUGUAAAUAGCAUUUUCCAGUCUGUUAUGAAAUGCAGUGCAACACUGUACUCUGCUCAGGGAUGCUGGGAUUUCUCUAUCCUUAAAUUAUUACUAUUAAAAAAGGAAUUUAGACAUUACAUAUUUCCUGUCUGAAACCUUUAAAUAAAGUUCUGUGAACUUAAAUACUAUUCCUUUAUAAUUUAUCUUUAUAAAUAAAAUGUUCAUGAAGCCAGACUAGUGCUAAUCUAUAUACUGUAUUUAAUCUAUUGGUCUUUACAUUAAUAUAAAAGUGUAUCAACAGCUAAUAUCUUCUUAACAUGAAAUGUAACCUUACCAACUAUUUAUAAUAUCUAGCAGUUUCAGACAAACACAUUAGGACAUCCAGUUAGAAGUAAACAUCUUUUUUCCUACUAUACAGUAACAAAAAGUACAUCAGAUUGCAUUUUUUUGUAUAACAAAUUCUAUCAUCAAAAUGUAUACAUUUUUUAAAUGUUUUGCCUUCUAAAAAAGGCUUUCUGGAGUUUCAUCAUGGCCAUUAUUACUAAAUCAUUCACAUGAUUACUGCAUCACACAUUGUCCUGUUAACUACAUUUUAAUGUGCAUCUGAGUGAAUAUACCCUUUCA